AUGAAGGCCCUCAACUUACUCUUUAUCUCUUUUGGCAUUUUUGCAUUUGGUACAGUCGCAAGCGAGCAAGGCGAUGACAGCAAUGGUCUCGAGGGUCAACAUCAGCAGACUGAGGCGGACGAAAACACAGGAGACGCCAUCUCUAAUGUGGCUGCAACGGAUGAGAACCCUCUGUGUCAUGAAUGUGCCAAAGAUCCAGGGGUUUGCUGCUUUUUGGCCUGUCAAGGCGACGGACAUUGCCCUCAGAGAGUCAUCGAUAACGGCUGGGUAAGGGGUGGGAGAAAGAUCACAAGUUGGAAACGCCGAAGUUUCCUCGAUGCCUGA